AAGUGAUUUUUUUAUUUUUAAAAUUUUAAAAUUUUGAUUCUCAAUUAAAAAAAUUAAAAAGUAAAAAUAGUUUUAAAACAUAUUUUUAGAAUUUUUUUUUACUUUUUUAAUUAGAAAAAUAGAAAAUUUAUUAAAAAAUACUAGCAUACUCAUUCUAAUGGCACGUUUACUAUACAGUAAUCAGAAUCGGAAUAAAUUAAUAGAGAAAUGUAACGGAAUAAAUGAAAAAUAAUCGGAAUCAAUAUUUGUAAUAUGUUGUAAACUAAAAUUUUUUAGAAAUGGAAUAGUUGUGAUUUAUCUUGUUUACUUUAUUAGGAAACGUAAUCGGAAUGCUUAAAUUGACUAAAUUGCCCUUUUGAGCUAAACUAUAUUAUAUGGUAGUUAUUUUGCAAGACAUAUUUUAAAGGACAAAAUUGUCAUUAUAUAUUUAAUAUUAAAAAAUAAAAUAAAAAUAAGAAAAAUCCAUUACCCUUAAUGGCAUUCCUUACAAAAUUGGUGGGGAAAGUUCUCCCUUUCUUUUCUCCCUUAUUUAAUCAGCUUCUCCCUUUCCUAAUUUUAAUAAUGCAAGUAAACAAAUGUAAAGGAAUGAUUACCUUACUAUUCAUUUUCAUUCCUUAUCAUUCCUUAUUAGUAAACAUUAAUUACAUAUUAUUAGGUGAUCAUACAUGUUAUUUAAUUAUAUUCCAAUUAUUAUAUGAUAAGGAAGAUUGGUGUGUAUGUUCUCUGCCUUGAAAAUAACAAAACACGGUUAUUAAACACAACUGUAAACUACAAUAACAACAUUUUUAUUACGUUGUUCCCAUCAAUACAAAUCCAGAAAAAGCCUGCCUAAAGAGUACGUCCAAAACCCACACAUAUACUAAUAUAUUUCAUUAUUGAUUUAUACGAUUACACAUGUUUAUAAAUACCUUUAAUUUUACAGUAUCCCAAAACACACACACAAUUCAUAAACUUAAACCUUUUAAUAAUAAUUAGUUCCCAAAUUAUUAAUCAUGGCAUCCAAAGCUUAUUCCCACAUUGUCCUCUCAGUACUACUAAUACUCAGUUGCUUUGGAUUUCUGGAAAUGACAAUGGCUGGGGACCCAGAUAUCCUAACAGAUUUCGUACUACCAAUCAAUACUAGCCAAGGGGUCGAUGGGAGUUUCUUCACAUUCACCGGAUUGGAAUCCUUGAUGGGAGCGGACCCGCCCACAACCUUUAAGGCCACCAAAGUGAGCAUGGCGGAGUUCCCCGCUCUCAACGGCCAAAGCGUUGGCUAUGCCGUUCUUCAGUUCCCGCCCAUGACCGCUAACCCGCCACACACUCAUCCCCGCUCCGCCGAGCUUCUCCUCCUCACCGAUGGCAGUCUCGAAGUGGGUUUCGUCGACACAGCAAAUAAGCUGUACACGCAGUCUCUACAGGUAGGAGAUAUUUUUGUGUUUCCAAAGGGAUUGAUGCAUUUCCAGUACAACUCUGAUCCUCAGAAUUCUGCUGUGGCUGUUUCGGCUUUUGGGAGUGCCAAUGCUGGGACAGUGUCUCUUCCAAACACUUUGUUUGCAUCUGGUUUGGAUGAUAAUGUGUUGGCUAUCUCUUUCAAGACUGAUGUUGAUACCAUUCAAAAGCUCAAAGCUGGACUUGCUCCCCCUAAGGCCUAAUAAUAUAGAGCAUUGAGUAAUACGUUCAUAUAAGAGAAGUCCAUAUUCAUUUAAAUUUUAUUAAGGUUUAUUUUAUUUUUUUAUUUUUUUUCGUGUUUUGAUUGAUCAUGUACGUCUCCAAGUAAUAAUUUUUCAUUUGUUAUAUAAAUAUAUAUAUAUUUAUAU